AUGGAAGGCUACUGCAUGCUGUAUGCCUACUACUUCGUCGAUGAUCCAUUGCACAACGAUGUGGUCUUUCGGCGCCGAUUCAGAAUGUCUGGGAAGCUCUUUUUGAAGAUCGCCGAGUACCUCUGGGAGUACGACGAUUACUUCAAAUUGAAGAGGGACGCCGUCAGCACACUUGAUUUCACAACAAUUCAAAAAUGCACGGUAUCCUUCCAGUUGCUUGCGGAAAUUGUGGCGGUGUUUGGAGAUAUGUACUUGAGAACACCAACUGCAGAAGACACAGCUGGGAUCCUGGCACAGAAUGCAGAAAAAGGAUUCCCAGGCACUGCUUCUCCGGUGAACUAUGAGAUCAAUGGCCAUGUGUACAACAAGGGAUACUACCUAGCAGAUGACAUCUAUCCAAGAUGGUCGGCCUUUGUGAAGACAAUCUCAAACCCGCCCCCAGGAGGACCAAGAUCUUGGUUUGCGACGCAACAGGAAGCAUGUAGGAAGGAUGUCGAGCGGGCAUUUGGACUGUUGCAGGCUUGA